AUGGCUUCAUCUCGUUUAUUUAAUAAUAUUGGAAGAAUUGAUAUUGGUUUAGCUAUUGCUGGUGAUGUGAUUAAUUCUAUGCUUUAUAACGUUGAUGGUGGUCAUCAAGAUGUUAUUUUUGAUCGUUUUCAAGGUGUUAAACUAGAUGUUAUUGAAGAAGGAACUCAUUUUAUGACCUCAUGGCUUCAUAGACCAAUUAUAUUUGAUAUUCGUACACGACCACGAUCUGUUCCAUCAAUAACAGAAAUAAAAGAUUAUGAAGAACGUGUUUCACCAUCGAUUAUUAAUGAACCUCAAUUUGAUGCUAUUGAAUUGAUUACACAACGUACACUUAUUUCUCAACAUGUUAGUGAAUUAUUAACAGAACGUGGUGCUCAAUUUGAUUUAUUAAUUGAUGAUAUUUCAAUUACACAUUUAAGUUUUAGACCUGAAUUUACAAGUGCUGUUGAAUUAAAACAAGUUUUACAACAAGAUGUUGAAAAACAACGAUUUUUAGUCGAAAAAACGGAACAAAGUCGUCAAGCAAAUGUUAUUGCAGCAGAAGGUGAUAUUCGUGCAGCUGAUUUGAUUGGCAAAGCUUUAGAUGAAGUUGGUGAUGUAAAAACAAACGAAAGCUAUGUACGUGGUUGGGGAAAUCCAUUUCAUUUACAAGAAAUUUUUACCUAUCGACGUGAAAAAAUUGGGAAACAAAAAGGUAAUCAAAAUUAUAUAAAUGCUCGAUUUCGUUCAUCACUUGCCAAUUAUUUACCACAUUUGGUUUCAUCUCAAGUAGCUAUAGCUCAUUUUCAACUUGUUCUAUCACGUGAUCAUGGUUUUAGUCGACGAAGGUUAUUUACUGCAUUCCCAUUAAUUAAUCAAUAUCCUAUAGAUUCAAUUCUUCUUGAAAAUCCAUAUUAUGGUUUAAGAAAACCGCCAGAUCAAUCUGGUUCAUCAUUAUUGUAUGUUACCAAUUUGUAUAUCAUGGGUGAAGUACUUGUUUUAGAAACACUUAUGCUACUUCAUUGGUGUCAAAAAAUGAAAUUAACAUCAGCUAUUCUACAUGGUUUUUCUCUUGGUGGACAUAUGACUUCAUUAGCAUUUACAAAAUGGCCUGAUCCACCUUCUCGACAAUUCUGUGAAAAUAAAGCCUCUCAAACAUUUUAUGAUUAUUUACGUGAACGAAAUCGAUCAAUAGAUUCAAAUAAAAUUGUUCUCAAUCUUAUUAAAGAUAUGAUGCGUCUUCUUAUGGAUGAAUUUACAUCUUUAUAUAAUUAUUCACGUUCAGUUCAAUCAAAUAUAUCUGAUGCUAUGUUUAUUGCUUACACACAUGAUGGUUAUGUAUUACGUGAUGGUAUUCCACAUAUGAAUGAUGUAUGGCCUGGUAUUCAUAUUCGAUAUACUCCUCAUGGACAUGUUAGUGCAUUUUUAUUUAAUCAAUCAGAUUUUCAUCAUGCUGCUGCUAAAAUGUUACAACGACAAGAAUCAAAUGUAAAACUAAAAAAGCAUGUAAUCAUAUCACCAAUUUCUGUUACUAUUACUACACCUAAAAAUUCGUGAAGAUAUAUAUUUUUUUCAUAUAGAUAUUUUCUCAAAAAGUAUCAAAUAUUUUCUAGUUUUUAUGUUAUGAUUUGAAUAAUAACUCAGAGAAAAGAAAAGUUUUGAUCGAAUAUAAACUAGAUAAUAUAUUAAUCGUUUUGUUUUUUAAAUAUAAUUUGUAUGACUCUGGUAAAAACAUGAGCAAACAUUUUUUUGUCCUAUUUAUCAGCAAAUAGAUAUUGAGAGAACUUCUCCAACUGAUAUUCUCUGUUCGAGCUCAUAAGUAGGACUCAUAGUUAUGAUGAAAACAUUAAACAUGUUCGUGCUCUUAAGCCUUUCAUGAUUGUUCUAUUAAAUUUUCAGCAUAUUGCAGGAUAUUAGCAAAAAAAACUGCAAUAACGAGUCUCCAUUUGAAACUUUCUCCUAAUAUCAGAUCUCAUAACAAUUAUCACAUUCUAAAAGUUUUAGCUCAAACGAAUGGAUCCAAGUCAAUCAAUCAGACAGUGAGAUCAAUCACAGAUUCUUGCAUGUUCAUACAAGAUCGUACAAUUUGAUUUCACCAUAUUGUUUGAAUCCUUUACAAUAACCCAUACAGGUUAGAGUUCUCUUCUUUAUAAAUUACCAUAUACCAUCCAUACGCAUACAUAGCCAACAUUUAAAUUUUUGGUAGCAUAACUGGAUACAGAUGUAUCUCUAUACCUUUACUCAGAAUUGGAACUGGUCUUUAUCAGUUCUCUUUCUUUUCGCAGAUGUGAACGAGAAGGAAAAGAACGGUGUGUGCAUUUAUAUGAUCACAUCCUUAAUAUCAAAUAAAACUUAGUUAUUACUUGAAAAAGAAAAUGCAUAAUGCAAAAUAGUUUGUGUUAACAACAGAAGAAUCACUUGAAUUUUGUAUUAUAAAAAUAACUUUAUAAAAAAAAACUAUUCUUUUACUUUAUUCGUAUCUGAGCAUUUCAGAUAUUCACUCCAGAAUAUUGUGUAGUGAACAUGAAGGCACAAUAAAUAAACUUCAUUUCGUAUUUUCAUAUAAUUUUAAAAUUAUUCAUAGAAGAUCAAUGAAGAAAUGUAUUUCUAUAUAAAACAUACUCUAUUGAUAUUUAAUGUUGAGAAGAAACUAAAAAUAAACAGAGCGAAAAAGAAAAUAUUAGUUUUUUUUACGAUUGCAUUUUAAUGUUGAUUAUUUCAAAUAAUGAAGAUAGAUAUUUUUAUUUGUACUUCAGGGUUUACAUUCUUUUUAAGAUAUAAAUAGCCAGUAUUGACAUAAUCUGUAGCUAAAAGAUAAUAAAACUUCUCUAUCAUUGAAUCACUGUUUAUUUGCUUGAUAUCACAAACAGAUUGACAAAAAAAAACAAGUUUUAUCAAGUCUAAAAUGCUGAUAUUAUAUACUGAGGGUGUGGGUGUUGGUGGGUGUGAGUGUGUAAGCAUAUAAUACCUACAUCCACACCCAUACUCACACUCCACACCCACAUUCUUGGUCGGAAGCCCGGUACCGAAAAUCUCUGAUUGGCUAAACUUCCAGCCUGAAAGAAUCUGAUUGGUCGAAAACUCGGUAUCGAAAACCUCUGAUUGACUGAAACUUCCAGCCUGAAAGAAUCUGAUUGUUUGGAUGUCGGAUAUCGAAAACUUCUGAUUGGUUCAAAUUUCAGCCUAAAAAACUUUGAUUGGUCGAAUGCCCGAUUUCGAAAACCCUUGAUUGGCUGAACUCCCAGCCUGAAAGAAUCUGAUUGGCUCGGGAUGCCUGAUAUCGAAAAAUCCUGAUUGGCUGGAAUUUCAACUUGAAAAAAUCUCAUUGCAGAUUGCGAGAUUCAAUUUCUCAGUGAUAUGCAAGGCAGAGCCCGCACAUAUACCCGUAAUUGGAUAGAGUGUCUCUGAUAACCCUAGGAUCGGCCCGAACAUGGCUGGCACCUAUCCUGAUCAGAGAUGUUCAUCACGGUGCAACCAUCAACACAAUCGAACCGCGGC